CGCGGAAAAUUAUGUGCUGCAGAUGUAUACAAAAAGAAGACGCACUGCCAAUGAUUACAAGAGAGUUUGGGUUCGUUGAUGAACUGCCUUACCGUCUGAUUCUCUGUCUGCUGCAGUUCUUCAGCAACCAAACUCUAGACACCUGCUUAGUUCUUGUUAAGCUUCACAGAAGAAGCAGGAAAACCAUGUCGAUGCAGAAGAGAGCUUUGCCUUCCUCCUCUUCUUCAGGUCAACCAAGUCAACCCAAGAGGCCAUGCUUGCCUCCAAUCGAUCAAGCAUGGAAUGGGUCUGAGACGAAUCUCAUGCCGUGUCGCUGUUUGACAAAGGAGGAUGUGUGGAGUGUGGUUAGAGAAGUGCUGGAGCGGGCUAAGUCUCACUCGCCUGAAUGUCAAAGUUGCACUGGGCAUGCUCUUGAAGUGGUUGCGCAACGGUUGCACUCAAUAGAGUAUGCUGUUCAGAAACUGGAACAUGGAGAUGCAAUCGUGAUGAAGGCCUUGGCUAACUGGAAUGAUGUGAGAGAGUUCAAUGGUGAGACAUUUUCUGAUUCAAUGCAGAAGAAUAGCUCAAGCUCAUAUUCAUCUUCAGUCUUAGGUGGACAAACUGAAAAUCACCCAACCAUGUUCAACGUUAUUUGGCUCCACCAAUUGUUGCUGCUCCAGUUGGUCCGGAAGCUCCUCCUGGCAAAUACGGAGCUCCGCUGCUGA